UCCCCUCUUUCUGAAUCUUUUUUUUUUUUUUACCCUGGGCUUUCGGCCAGAAGUCUUGAUCCACCAAUUCAAAUUACGAAUAUGGGGGGAAAGAGUUUCCCUAUGAACCUGAAAUCGAACUUCCAGAACUAAACCGAACUUGAGAGCCUCAACCCAAAGUCCUGCUCAGAAUUAAACUCCCCGAGAUCCGCCACCGGAAUCAAUUUCCUCUCAACUGUUGCUGAUUUGUUGUUUCCAACUUCCAUGGCGGAAACCCUAAGCCCUAAUCCUACGAUUGGUCAGAAACAGCGGCUCCCCAUGUCCGCUCGCAUCCAAUCUCCUACAAGUCCUUUUUUCUUGGGCUCCAACGACGACCAGCUGGAGCGCGCUCAGGCCCGCGCUGCCCGCGCUGCUGCCAUCCGCCGCAAGGCCGUUGCUGCAAAAUUUCAGUCACAAUCUUUAGAUGAUUAUUCUGAUGCCUGUCUCAACAAGCAACAGAUUCUCGAUUUGCUCCAGAACUGCAUUAAGCUUGCCAGUGAAAAUAAAAUUAAUCAGAAAAAUACGUGGGAGCUGAAUUUGAUUGAUCACCUUACUGAUAUCAUUAAAGUUGAAGAAGAAAAUGAUGUGGAGACGAAUUUCCAAAAGGCAAGUUGCACCCUUGAAGCUGGAGUCAAGAUUUAUGCUUUAAGGGUAGAUUCAGUGCAUUCUGAAGCUUACAAAGUCCUUGGUGGAAUGAAUAGAGCUGGACAGGAAACUGAACAAGAUACUGCUCUGGAGAACGAUAAUGUUGAAAAAGGACAGGAAGGUAGCAAGAAAGAGGUGGACACAAAGUUGUCACCUUUGUCAACACUGGAAUCGUCUUUUGAUGUUCUUAAUGUGAAGAAGUUUGAUGCUGCUUUUGCCGUGGAUCCACUCUAUCACCAGACAUCAGCACAAUUUGACGAAGGUGGAGCAAAGGGUCUUUUAAUGAACAAUCUUAGUGUAUACGGUAAAUGUAGGGUCCUCUUUGAUUCACAGGAAGUGCCAGGAAAGUGCAUGACUAGUAAGAAUCAGGAUGAUAUUUCUGAUACAAUUGAUCUUUCUUUUGCCAAAGAAUGUGUUGAACAGAUGGUGUUGAACAUGCGCAUGAAGGAUGAAAUUUCCCCAACUCUCAGGACUAUAGUAAAUCAAUUUGAUGAAGAUAAUAGAAGGCCAUCUGAUUUUCAAUUUUCUCAUCAGAAGGCAGCAGAAGAGUUUGAUGGAGCCAAUGAUUGUGAAAUUGAGAUUGAAAGAGAAGAAUAUGGAAAUUGCAUGCCCUGGAUUGAUGACCAUGAUGACCAAACAGUUGAUGAUCUAGGCUCAAAUGAUGUUAAUGCAAGCUUCCCUAGUUAUGCUCAGGAAAAUGAAUCAUUUCCUCAAGAUCCUGAUAUUGAGGACAAAUUUGAAAAUGUCGAUGGCUAUUUAUUCUUAAGUCUGGGUUUCAGUUCAAAGCACAAUGCAUGGGCCGGCCCUGAUCACUGGAAGUACCGGAAAGCCAAAGUUUCUGAAGUUAAUCCUGCUUCAGAGGAUAGGUCAACCCUAAAGCCUAAACAAUCAAGAAGUAAGAGACAGGCAGAAAUUGAUUUAGAUUUCACUAAGAUUCUGGAUCCAAAAGUGGAAGAUAUCUUUUCUCCUCCCAAGAAUCCCAAAUCAUUAUUGCUCCCUGAAAAUAGACCACUUUGUAAUACAAAACUUCCGGAGGACUGCCACUAUCAGCCAGAGGAUCUUGUCAAGUUAUUUAUUCUACCUAAUGUGAAGUGCCUUGGAAGGAGAGUGAAAAAAUCCUCAGGUGUAUGUGCUGAGGGAGCUGGUGAACAAUGCAAUGCAUACGAGUCGUUCCCUUCAUACGAAGAUGGAAGUAUUUGUGGCGGUGACUAUGGGGAUGUUCAUAGCGACCCUGAGGACUCUACCACACUUGUCUCUCAGCCUCGUCAGGUCAAUAAAAUCGAAGUUGAGUAUGACAAAACUUCGAAACAAGUUGAUGUCCAGGCUCUGAAAAACACCCUUUGGGAUCAUAUUCAAGGAAAUGGUCAGCUGCCUCUUGAGGAUCAGAAGGAUGUGGUAUCUUUCAGGGAAAUACUGGCCAGCUUUCCUGACGAUUGCAAAGCUGCAUCGACUGUUAGCGAUAUCUCUCCUCAUUUGUGUUUCAUUUGUCUAUUGCAUUUAGCAAAUGAGAAUGGGCUAAGCAUACAGAGCAGCCCGAACUUGGAUGAUCUUGGUAUAUGCCUUCCUCGUGUAGCUGUAGCUAGAAGUGGAACAGUUUAAUAUUUGGUGCCGAUUAUAAUGAUGAAACAAGGUCCUUGGAACCAUCAAGUGUAGCUGGAUGCAUGAGUCGAGAGAUUUUUUUUGGCCGAAAGUGUCAAGAGUUACUCGAUGCAUAUUUUGCGCUUGAAGAUGUAUGAGAUUAUUUUGCCAAAGAAAAAUAGAUGUAUGAGAUUUAAACUAACCAUCACUGAUCGGUUUGCCCCAAAAAAGGACGUCAUUGAGUGAAGGGAAUAUAUUAACUCCCGAUGUGUUCUAUUGUAUUAAAUAAAUGUACCAUACUUGUGCUUUUUCUGUAGCAUUUUGGCUGUAAAUUAUCUAUGCCUCAAUAUUUGUCUCGCCUAUGUUA